AUGUUUGCUCGCGCGCAGGACGCGACGGCGAACGCGCACGCCGCGCUCGUGAGCUCGCCGCUGUUCGACUUGGCCGCGGACAAGGCGGGCAGACUAGAGAUAGAUUACGACGACGCGGACGCGCUCAAGGCGGCGGGGAUUCAGAAGGGAGGCUGGCUCGGACCGAUCACGGACGCGUUGGAGGGCGCGCUGAGAGGGAUCGACGGCGUGUUGGACGGUAAGGUUCCGUAUUCGUACGGAUACUCCAUCCUACUGUUGACGGUGCUCGUGAAGCUGGCGACGUUCCCGCUGUCCAAGCAGCAAGUGGAGAGCUCGAUUCAAAUGCAAGCCAUGCAGCCGCGAAUCAAGGAACUUCAGGCGAUGUAUGCGAACGAUCCGGAACGAUUGCAGCUCGAACAGGCGAGGCUGUACAGAGAGGCUGGCUUCAACCCUCUUGCUGGUUGCUUGCCCUUGUUCGCCACGCUCCCGGUGUUCAUCGGCUUGUACCGUGCGUUGUCGAACGCCGCUGCCGAGCACUUGCUCGAUGAUGGCUUCUAUUGGAUUCCGUCUCUCGGCGGUCCGACUUCCAUCGCGGCGCGUAAUGAUGGAAACGGCUUCGCGUGGCUCUGGCCGUUCGUCGACGGCCAUCCUCCGCUGGGAUGGUACGAAACAGGUUGCUACUUGGUGCUCCCGGUCUUGCUUGUGGUAUCCCAGUUCGUUUCUCAGACUAUCAUAAGCCCGCAGCCGAAGACGGACGAUCCGGCUCAGCAACAAAGCCAGGCCAUUUUGAAGUUCUUGCCGUUCAUGAUUGGUUUCUUCUCUCUCAACGUACCGGCCGGUCUCACGCUUUACUGGUUCUUCAACAAUAUUAUCACUACCGCGCAAACGGUCGUGCUCAGAAAGAUCACGAAACCUAUUGAAGUCCCCACGGGCGCUGGUGCGGGUUCUAGUCCGGCAAGCGCGGAGCCGGUGCGUGUUGAGUACGUCCCGAAAUCUCAACGAAGAAGCGGUGCGCAGAUGCCGCCGGUGAGAGCUGCGCCGCCCAAGGUUGAAGAAGUUAGCUCCGUCGUUGCUAACGAAUUCGCGGAUUUCGAUGAUGGCCCUACUCAGAUUAUCGACGUGGAAGCGAAGGAUGUCGAGGAUGAAGGGUCCUCCGGGCGAUCUUCUAGAAGAUCCUCUGGCAGAAGAUCCAGCCGAAAACGCCGCAGUUCACGAAAUUAG